UUGUUCCGAAAAAUAUACACCGUGGCGUAAGCUUCUAUUUACUAUGAGGAUAACUUUUUUUUAAAAUACGUAUUUAUAUAAAUUCUUAUUUUCUCACGAAAAUACCACCGGCUACAGUAAACUAGAUUUGCUUUGAUGGCUAGUUAACUAACAUGUGAGUAGUUUUGUCUGUUUGCUUGACAUGUACUGCUCUUAGCUAUUAACACAUGAAAUAAACCUUUAAUUCCCGGAGAAAAAAAAGUUUACAAUAUAUUAACGUUAUUUUCGGCUGCUGAACGCAGGCUCACAUAGUAGCUCAAGUUUAGCAUGUCCUCUGUCAGCUACUGUCAGCACUACAAGCUUGAAUAGACAUCACCAGGACAGAAGAUUUAGUGCAAUAUGUCUGCGUGUAAAAGGUUACUUUACUUUGUGAAGCACCGAAGCUUAUGGACGCAUUAUCGGAGAAAUGUCACAACAUGGUCUCCUGUCGGAGCUGCCUUCAAUUCCAAACCUCACAGGAGACUGAACAUGUUCGAGAAAAACGUGGGUUUGUUUGGACUGCCAGAGCUCAGCUGUCCUGCAGGCUUCCAGGCAGCAACAGAGGCAGCUCUGAAGAACACACAGCGGCUGGUGGAGAAAGCUUGUUCAUGUUCUCCAGGGGUCGAGACAGUAGAGUCUUUUGACCAGCUCUCAGAUGGUUUGUGCAAAGUGGCUGAUCUGGCAGACUUUGUUAAAGUAGCACAUCCAGAUCCAGCAUUUCGCGAGGCUGCAGAGAAGACCUGCAUAGAGAUUGGCACAGUUGUGGAGAAGCUGAACACUAAUGUUGAACUAUGCAAGAGCCUAAAAGUGUUGCUGGACAACCCGGAUAUUGUGGCUCAGCUGGACCCUGAUUCAAGACGAGUGGCAGAGUUGUUCAUGUUCGACUUUGAAAUCAGUGGAAUUCAUCUGGAUGAAAAACUGAGGAAAGAGGCAGUCGCUCUUCACGUGAAGCUAUUGGAUCUAAACAACGAGUUUCUAGUUGGCUCUCACCUGCCGAACAGAAUUGCGAGGUCUGUGAUUCCUGAGCAUCUGCACCUGCACUUUGCAAGUGAAGGAAGCUUCAUCCAAGUUGGGGGAUUACAUGCAGACUCCCCGGAUGACUUGGUGCGAGAAAUCGCCUACAGGAUCUACCUGUAUCCAAAUGCAGAUUUGAUGGACUGUCUGGAAGAGCUGCUAAAAUGCAGAUACAAACUGGCACAGCUGGUGGGCUACGAAUCCUACGGACACAGAGCCCUGAAGGGAACGAUGGCCAAAACACCCGAGACGGUGAUGAGCUUUCUUCAGUUGUUAACAGACAAGCUGUCAGACAGAACAGCCAAAGACUUUCAGAUGAUGAAGGGCAUGAAGACGAAACUCAACCCUCGUAAUUCUGAGCUCAUGCCCUGGGAUCAUCCGUACCUCAGUGGUGUCCUGCGUGCUGAAAGGUACAACAUAGAGCCCAGUCUGUACACUCCGUAUUUAUCUCUGGGCUCCUGUAUGGAGGGUUUGAACAACCUCUUCUCUCAGCUGUACGGUGUGUCCCUCAUGUCCGAAUACCCCAGCGCUGGAGAGGUCUGGAGUGAGGACGUCCGCAAACUGGCUGUGGUACAUGAGACGGAGGGAUUACUUGGAUAUAUCUACUGUGACUUUUUCCACCGCCACGAUAAACCUCAUCAGGACUGUCACUUCACCAUCCGUGGUGGCCGCUGGUGCCAGGAAACGGGUCAGUACCAGCUUCCAGUCGUGGUGCUGAUGCUGAGUCUGCCCCAGCCAACCAAGAGCGCCCCCACCCUGCUCACUCCGGGCAUGAUGGAGAACCUCUUCCACGAGAUGGGACACGCCAUGCACUCCAUGCUGGGACGCACUCGCUACCAGCAUGUGACGGGAACCAGAUGUGCGACUGACUUCGCUGAGGUCCCGUCAAUCCUCAUGGAGUACUUUGCCACGGACUAUAGAGUCAUCAGCCAGUUUGCACGCCAUUAUGAAACUGGACAGCCUCUGCCUGAGAGUAUGGUGGCCCGCCUGUGUGAGUCAAAGAAGGUGUGUGGAGCAGCAGACACCCAGCUGCAGGUUUUCUAUGCAGUCUUGGACCAGAUCUACCACAGCCAACCUCAGAACCGCUCCACCACUGACGUCCUGAAGGAGAUGCAGCAGAAAUUCUACGGCUUGCCUUAUACACCCAAUACGGCGUGGCAGCUGAGAUUCAGUCACCUGAUUGGCUACGGUGCCAAAUACUACUCCUACCUCAUGUCCCGUGCCGUGGCCUCGAUGGUGUGGAAACAGUGCUUCGUUCAAGAUCCUUUAAACAGGGACAUGGGUGAGCGUUACCGUCGGGAGAUGCUGGCCCACGGAGGAGCCAAGGAGCCCAUGCUGAUGGUGGAAGGGAUGCUGCAGCGACGGCCCACAAUCGAGGACUUCGUGGAUGCGCUGGUGUCUGAGCUCAACCCAAACUUUGAGACCUUCAUCAUGGACUCCGAAAGCUAAACGGUGCCUCUGUUGCCGUGGAAACGGACUUGAAACCUUUUUACAAGGUGAAACGAUUAUGCACAAAAAUGCCGAGCCAACAGGUGAAAGACGUGGCAGCAGGAUGAGCGCUCACACUCACUAAAGCAUCUUCACUAAGUCUGUAAAUGAAUCGUUAGUGUUUUGUAUAUUGCUUGGCUCUCUUAAAGUCACAUUGACUUAUUUUGAUAUAUGUGGCUAAUUAUGCUGUCAAUAUGAUAUAUGAUAAAAAUAUGAUGAGAAUUAAAGACUUUCUACAAACCCUGAAAACUCCUGAUUGCCUCUAAAUAUUAGAUGUUGCAGAUGAUCCAUUCACAGACACUUUCCCGAAGCUCUGGACCCCGUUUGUGUCGACAUUAACAGUGUUUCAACAGAUUCAACAGUAACUUUUAACUAUUCAUUAAAUAUCAUAAAACAAUUUUUGGUUUGUAAAUACAUAUUUUCGCCCUUUUGUAGCACUUGAUAUUGUUAAAAAUGAACAGAAAUAUACUCUGUAAUGUAACAUAGUGCUAUAAA